GGCUCCUGCCCUCCAGGCCUCGAGCCCGAAAGGAAGAGACACGGCCAAAGUUCCGGUACCAUUUUGGGGAAGAAAAGCUGCCAUGGAAGAGCCUGCAGCUCCCAAAGAACCCCACGAGGCAGCCGGUGCCUCUACAGGUGCCCAGGCAGCAGGUGAGGGUGCAAGCGGGCCCAGCCGCCCGGUGCGCCCGGUUUCCCGGCAGCCUGCGGCUCCAGGCCCGGCCCACUUCCGCACGUCACGUCUGAGGCCUGCACAGGCCUCAGGGGGAGGGGCCGGGCCCAGCUGGCUGCUGGGCAGCCGGCGCUGCGGCAGCUGGACAAAGCAAGUCGUCUGCAGGUAUUAUCUGCAUGGGCUGUGCAAGGAGGGGGAGAACUGUCGCUACUCCCACGACCUCUCGGGCCAGCAGGUGGCCGGGGAGGGGCGCGGGGCGCCGCCUCGGGCCUCUGCAGAGCUAGGCCCCAGCACGGCUGCGCACAGCGAGCCCCUGCCUCAGGAAGUGGCGGAAGCCCCCCCUGCUGCGUCCUCACGCUCCUCGCCUGUGAUUGGCUUGGCUGCUGAAAGGGGUUUCUUUGAAGCCGAGACAGACAAUGCGGGCCUUGAAGCGGCGGGAGGAGCGGGGGCAGAAGGCUGGGAAAAUGCCAUUGAGUUUGUUCCCGGGCAACCCUACCAGGGCCGCAGGGCCCCUUUUGUCCCCGAGGCUUCUCUGCAGAGCCCGGAGACUGAGAGGGAGCACGUGGCUGUGGGCAUGGGGGAGCCGCUUUGCCGCGAUGCUGCCAUGGGCCAGUGCUUCCGUGGGGAGAGCUGUGCGUAUCUCCACGGAGAGAUAUGCGAUAUGUGUGGGCUGCAGGUCUUGCACCCGGUGGAUGCUGCCCAGAGGGCAGACCAUAUCAAGGCCUGCAUGGAAGCACAUGAGAAGGACAUGGAGCUCUCGUUUGCCGUGCAGCGCAGUCUGGACAAAGUGUGUGGCAUCUGCAUGGAGGUGGUCUAUGAGAAAGCCAACCCCAGCGACCGCCGCUUUGGCAUCCUGUCCAACUGCAGCCACGCCUACUGUCUUAAGUGUAUCCGCAGGUGGAGGAGUGCCAAGCAGUUUAGGAACAGGCUUAUCAAAUCCUGCCCGCAGUGCAGGGUCACCUCCACCUUGGUCAUUCCCAGUGAGUUCUGGGUAGAGGAGGACAAAGAGAAGGAGAGACUUAUUCAGGAGUACAAGGAGGCGAUGAGCAACAAGACCUGCAGGUACUUUGCUCAAGGCAGGGGUCGCUGCCCAUUUGGAGCGAACUGUUUUUACAAGCAUGCAGACCCUGAGGGCCAGGCAGAGGAGCCUCAGAGGCGGGGUUCGGGGGCAGCCAGCGGUCCCUGCGGUGAACAUGUGGAGCCCGAGCAGGUGGGAGAGGACCGCAUGCACUUUCAGAGCAAAAAAGAGCUUGUCACGCUUUGGCUGGCCAAUAUGUUGUUUCAGUGUUUUCUUUCACUGGGAGAGGAUGAGCUCCCCUUCUCAGAGACCCAGUGGGACUUGCUUCAUUUGGGGCUGGAAAGCUAUUUCAAGUUGUAUCCGUCGCAUUAUGUUGUGGCAUGUGGUGUGGUGUGCUGAGGCUCUGUCAUCGCUAUUGCCUGUUUCUGUGUCUAGACACAUCUGUCAUGUACAGCAGCUGUCGAAGCCAUUUUUAUAGAUCAUUCAUCUGUUUUCUUGCCCAUCCCCAUUUCUUUCCCCAGGAUUAUGGUGUUUCACAAAAAGUCCGUAAAGUUAAUUGUUGCGUGGAAUGACUAUUACUGUCAGUUUAUGGUUUAUCUUGUCAUCUCUGUUUUCAACAGGAUUGACUCAGUUCUAGUCUAGUGUUUACAGGAUUGCCACACUCAUUUUGAAGUCCCUCAAGAAUAAAUGUGACAGGGUGAAGGGAGAAGGCUUACAAGGAACUUUUUGCUGCUACAGCCUUUAAGAAUGGACCCUCGUGGGGCCUGUGCAGCUGCUCAUCUCUGCUGUUUACAUGUCUUUUUCUUCCCUGAUUCCCCCUCAAGUGCACUUUUUAACUUGUGGUUACCGUGUGGUUUUGUGUUGUACUUGACCAGAACCAGGUGUGUAUGUUUACAUGCUUUUAUCCUGCUUAAGUUGAUGUGGAAUUGUUGCUAUUUGGAAGUAUAUAUUUAAGAAUUAUAUAGAAAUACAUAUGCAUAUAAAUGUGCACAAAAGUUAACGUAUUUGAAAACAUAUAUAAAGGCUAUAUACCGUAAUACAGUGUUUAUGUAAUAAAACGUA